CCAGCGGGUGCAGAAGCGGCGGGCGCAGCUGCGGGGCUUGGCUGCAACCGGCUGCUCUUCCCGGGGCUGGAGCUGCCAUGACCUCCCGCAGGUGGUUUCACCCAAACAUCAGUGGAAUAGAAGCGGAGAAGUUACUGUUAACCAGAGGGGUCCAUGGCAGCUUCCUGGCUCGGCCCAGCAAAAGCAACCCGGGAGACUUCACUUUAUCCGUCAGGAGGAACGAUGAGGUGACCCACAUUAAGAUCCAGAACACAGGUGACUACUAUGACCUCUAUGGUGGGGAGAAGUUUGCCACUUUGGCCGAGCUGGUCCAGUAUUACACGGAGCAGCAGGGUCUGCUACGAGAGAGGAACAGCAACAUCAUAGAGCUGAAAUACCCCCUCAAUUGCCAGGAUCCGACCUCGGAGAGAUGGUACCACGGCCACUUGACAGGCAAAGAAGCUGAAAAGAUCCUGACAGACAAAGGCAAACCGGGGAGUUUCCUAGUACGGGAAAGCCAAAGCAAACCGGGAGACUUCGUCUUGUCGGUGCUGACAAACGAGGACAAAGCCGACACGGGGGACCGGAAGCCCCGCGUGACCCACAUAAUGAUCCGGUAUCAGCCUGAUGGGAAAUACGAUGUCGGAGGCGGUGAACACUUUGACACUCUUACAGACCUGGUGGAGCAUUAUAAGAAGAACCCCAUGGUGGAAAAGUCUGGGGCUGUCGUGCAUCUGAAACAGCCUUUCAACACCACCCGGAUCAACGCAGCCAACAUUGACAACCGGGUGAAGGAGCUGAACAAAAUGGCCGACCAAAGCGAGAAGUCCAAGCAAGGAUUCUGGGAGGAGUUUGAGAUGUUACAGCAACAGGAAUGUAAACUCCUCUAUCCCCGGAAAGAAGGACAGCGGGUGGAAAAUAAAGGGAAGAAUCGCUACAAAAAUAUACUUCCCUUUGACACAACGCGAGUGGCUCUCCAAGACGUGGACGAAAGUGUUCCUGCUUCUGAUUACAUCAACGCCAAUUAUGUUAAGAAUAUUCUCGAAGAUGGGAGAAGUGCCGAACAUGGCAAGGUCUAUAUUGCCACUCAGGGGUGCCUCCAAACCACAGUGAACGACUUUUGGGCCAUGGUGUACCAAGAGAACGCUCACGUCAUCGUAAUGACAACCAGGGAGGUGGAGCGAGGAAGGAAUAAAUGUUUCCGCUACUGGCCGGAUAAACACUGCACUAAGGAGUAUGGCUGUGUCAGCAUAAGGAAUAACGGCGAACAGGAAAUCCAGGGUUACCACAUCCGAGAUCUGGAGAUCGUACGGACGAACAGGACACCGAUCCGACGGACAACCCUGCCCCGGAGUAGGCCUGCUCUGCCCUGUGUCAACAUCCUCCUUGCUUCUGAUGUCACAAAGACACGGCUCCCAUUGGCUGGCUCCAGCCAUGCUAAGGAAGGGGGUGUGGCUUUGCUUGUUGACAAACUGGACCGGCUGGAACAGCUUUGGGAGAGAAGCAGCCGGGUUCCCAGGAACCCUGCCCACGUGGGGAAGCACGUCUCGAAAUCUACAACUGGAAAUGCCUGCACAGGAGCUAAAGCCACUCACCCACCACGCCACGGCCACGGUUCCUCGGGUCCACAUAGAGAAGAGGAGGAGAGCUUCAAAAAUUGA